AUGAUCAGAUAUGGGGUGACAAUCAAUGAUUACGAAACUAGAAACGAUGUUAUUUAUUAUACAAUUCACGUUAAUGAUUAAAAGGCUAUCAAGGCAUUAUAGAAGCGAUAUUCGGAUUUGAAAGCUUUAAACCAAAAAAUAUAUUAGAAAAAUAAUGAGUUCAAGUUGAAAUUAUCACUUCCCAGAUUUCCAAGAAAGAAAAUGUUUGGAAGAACAAAAAAUUCUUAAAGUGACAUUAAGACGAGAGGUUUAGAAUUACAGUAAUAUUUAGAAAUCAUCCUUAAUAUUCCUACUUUAUGGUCAUUUUAAUUUUUCAGAGAAUUUUUGCCUCAAGCAGAAUUACUAGAUGAAACAUUUAGAUUAGAAUAAAUUAAUACUGAAUAUUCAAAAGAUUUGUGUUGGUUGCAAAUGGAUGAAUUAAAAAAAUCAUUCCUCUAAAGGCAAGAGCAGUUUUAGUCAAAUAAAAAAAAUAAAUAGAAAGGGAAAGAAAUCUCAGGGUAUUAUCAGAGAUUCCACUUUACAAUCAAUGAAUUUGCUAUUCAAAAUGAUUUUGUGCUUUAUUUCAUCAUCUUAACAGACACCAAAAAAACUACUAAAUAUAGGUUCGAAGCCAGGUAUAGCAAUCUUCGGGAUUGUCAUCAUUUAUUAGAAAAAUAAUAAUUUAAGAAUAGUCUAUUUCAUUUCCCUAAAAGGAGAUUAAUAGGAUAGACAAGGGAUAAUCCACAACUAAUUUAAGAAAGACAAGAAUAAUUAUAAAGAUAUUUAAAUUAGACAUUUAGUGUUUAAGAAUUCGUCGAAAGUGAACCUUUGGUGUAUUUCAUAACAAAAAUCAAACUAGAGGGCAAGCCCAUAAAAUAAAAUUUAAAUGAAAGAGUAAGUCAGCUUUCAUAGUAAGUGAUUGGAUCUUCGUUUAAUUUAAGUUAAGGAAUUGAAGAAAUACGUGAAUAGAAAUCAUGUUGA